CUAAGGUUGGUGUCCCUGGCUAACAUAUGUGUAUGGAAACACUCUCGGCAGGUGCACUGCACGGAGCGAGAAGGUUUAUUGCGCUGAGUAUGACACAUAGGCGUGAAGUUUCUAUCCGCCAUUUGUGGAGUUAUCUGAGCGGAGCGAACAAAGUGUGAAUAUGCUAAUAUGGCUUUUACAAAAGACACUGUUGUGGUUACUGGUUUCGGACCAUUUAAAAAUUACAAAAUAAAUGCAAGCUGGGAGGCAGUAAAACUUCUGCCAUCAAUGAACAUUGAGGAGGAGUUUGGCAUAAAGUUGAUCAUUCAUGAAAUUCCUGUAACAUAUGGGUAUGUUACAGAGAAUGUUCCAGUUCUUUGGAGAGUUCAUAACCCAAUGCUAGUUGUGCAUGUGGGUGUGUCUGGCCUUGCAACUGGUUUGACUCUGGAACAAGAGGCACACAAGUCAGGGUACUGUAAAACUGAUGUAGAAGGGAAAUUACCUCCAAGAAAUGAAGUCGGUAGUGGCAAAGCUGAAGUAAUUCGGCCUUUGUUUGAUGUUGAGGAUGUAUGCAAAGAAGUAGACAAUACCGAAAUAGGAAUUCCCACCUUCUGCUCUUCAAAUGCUGGAAGAUAUCUUUGUGAAUUUACAUACUUCACAUCUCUGAACAUCGAUAACUUGCGCACUAUCUUCAUUCAUGUGCCAGAGCUAAACAAUCCAUUCAGUGCAGCUGAUUUGGCAAAAGGAAUUAAGGCCAUACUACGCAUUUUAAUUAAAAAACUGAGAGCUCAGAGUUCAGAUGAUUAUCUCAAUAAUGAAGUGUGCUCAGUACAAAUUAAAUGAUUUUCACUUUUGUGGUUAUGAUAUUUUGUAAGAGAUGUGCAAUUACAGUAUUAUAUACUGUGAAUGAUUGAAUACAUUUAAAUGUAAAAUAAAAGGCAAUGAUCCUGAAAUAAUAAAGUAUACAACUCUAAGUUUUGUAAGUACGUAGGAAGUAAAAGAGUGGAAGUGUUAAAAAAUAAAUCACAGAAACAGGAAGAUUCUAUCAAUUAGUGAGGGAACAACAAGAAGACAAAAGGGUUUGAUAUAAACUAAACUACUGUUAUUCUGAGACCAGCCAAGUGCCAGAUUACAGAUGAAGCCCUUAACUUAGGAAUGAUAUUAUGAUAAAGUCCUGCUUGGUCAGGGCUUGUUGCACAUCUUAUGGGACAAUGAUAGUAUAGAGCAGUGGUGUAAUGACAAUUAGCAGUGCAAAAUGAAGAACUCUGAGAAAAACAUGCCCCAGUGCACUCUGUCCAUCACAAAUCUCACUUGAAGUCACCUGGGAUUGAACCUGGGUCUCCAUGGUGAGAAGCCAGCAUCUAGCACAUUAGCAGCUAUGGCACAGUCUGAAAGGAGUUUAUAUAUGAGACUGAAAUAUAUGUUUCUUAAAAUAUGUUUUAUUAUGUACACAUUAUUCCAAUUCGCAACAAAAGUAAUGUCCUGUACAUUUUAAUCUUGGAUUAAAGCCGCAUGCUUAAUCUCGA